GUUAUCUCACUUGCUUUCAUUGCCCUGCCGAGAGGUUUGCAUUACCAGGCAGCGUCUGCAAAUCUCGCCAUUCCAGACGUGGGCACGAUGAACCCAGACUGUCGAAUGGAAGCUAAGUGCUGCAGGGAAGAAACUCUCUCAGUUCAUCUUUGCUGUCGCUCGUGAUACAACUUUCUUCCUCAAAACCUUCCACCGCGUCCAAGGCGUUGAUGCGAUCUUGGAAAGUCUUCUAAGACCAUCCAGUGUCCUCUCUCUCUCUCACUCACACUUUCAGGAUAGUUUGAAAAGUCGAAGGAUGUGGCUGGUCUAGCUCCGUUUACAGAAGGACAUCUCAGAGACAAGUCUGCUGGCUACUUGACCUACAUCAGGAAGGAACCGAGGUCAGUCCUAAAAGAGUAUGUUGUCCUUCCGGAAACCCGGGUGGCGCUCGGGCUGAUGUCACAGAAGUAGACACCGCUGUAGACCGCCAGCAACACCACAACCAACCAUGAUGAUGAUGGCCGACUACCGCAGCUGCCGCUACGACCACAACGCCUCUGCUUUUGGUGGCGGGGGUGGAGGCGGGGGUGGUUCUCUCAGUGGUGUGAGUGUUGGUGGAGGACAUUUUAACGGAAGUGACCUUGCCGACCCGCGUAGCUUGAUGGACAUGUCCUACGCCCAUGCUUCGCCUCAGGACAUUUUCGCUCCCCAUCCUGGGGGGUCCUACCCGCGGGGUCUGUCACGCCAGUAUGGAGAUAUGUACGGGUACCCUGCUGCCCCCUUCUCAUCGCAACACUACUUCCCCGACCAACACCCGAUGUCGUUGGAGUUCAGAGGCCGAGGAGUCGGAUCUGCAGUCUCGCAGGAGAAAGACAAGCAUUUUCUGUCGUUGAACAAAGAAGACAGGACGGCAAGUUGUCGAGAAGAGGCGGAGGGCAAAACUCACAUCAGCAACAGCAGCAGCAACAGCAGCAGCAACAACAGCGCCAACAUCCCUAGUAAGAGUAGCAACAGCAGUAGCAGCAACGCCUCGGCUGUCCAUGGCACUCACCACCAUCACCACCAUCAUCACCACAACAAUACCAAUAAUAAUAACAACAGCAAUAACCGCAAAGGACCCAGCAGCUUGUCUUCGGAAAAAUCUGCCCAGGAUGUGAACGCUGCCUCGCCCUGCAAGCCGUGCUCGCCGGCAGGUCUCCUCGGGGGCGACGAGGGCUCCGCGCUGAGUCAAGGAGGUCGAGACGACAUCGACGACGACGCGUUGCUGGACAAGGACACGGGGUCGCUCAACUCCGACGACGACUCCGACGACCACGUGCCUCACGUGCUGGCCCCUGGCUACCACGGCCCCAACCGCCGCUGCCUGCUGUGGGCCUGCAAGGCGUGCAAGCGGAAGACGGUGGCGGUGGACCGGCGGAAGGCGGCGACGAUGCGGGAGCGGAGGCGGCUGAAGCGCGUCAACGAGGCUUUCGAGAUCCUCAAGAGACGCACGUGUCCCAACCCCAACCAGCGCCUGCCCAAGGUGGAGAUCCUUCGCAACGCCAUCGAGUACAUCGAGAGCCUGGAGGAACUGCUGCACGGCUCGCGAGUGCCGCGCGCGGAUGACGGCGCGGCGUGCGGCACGGACGGUAACUCUUCCAGCGGCGGCUCGGAUUACAUGACGGUCCACAGUCCACAGUAUUACUCGGACAAACUGCAUCCCCUGGGCGACAUUGGCAACGGCUUCAGUUCCAGCAAUGGAUACGAACAGAUGUCCAGCUCCUCCACCACCACCAGCGGCAGUAACGGCGCAUCCAGCCUCAACUGUCUGUCUCUGAUCGUGGAGAGCAUCUCGCCCAACAACACCGCCUCCGUCCUCAGCAACAUGACCUCAGUCGACAGACCCCUCUAGACGACACCGACAUCGAGAAGAUGACACCAUCUGACAGGUCAUCGACGGUGACCUCAGCCAAUGUGAGCUGAAGAUGACUCCGUCCCUCAACUCCGCGCCACGUGAAGUUUACUCCCGUAAACAUUUCUCUCGGUUGUUGGUAUAAACCAUUGCAAACAAUAUGAUUGCAUGUUGUCACUGCAAUGUGAGUGAACAGUGCCAAAGAUGAAGUUCAAGUCCAUGUUGGUGACUUUGCCUUGGGUGAGACUUGUCCGUGAAGUGACAAUUGUGCGCCAGAAGUCAGUGAAGUGACAGAAUUUUCAUGAGGUGGAAAAUUUGAGGACAAAUCUGUCUGUGAAGUGACUGUGGGACAGAUAUCUCAGUGAAGUGUUUCAGAACUAAAUGUCAGCCUAAAUGAGAGCUGCAGACAGUUUUAAGACUACUUUUAGCAGAAAGUGCUUGACUAAUGGCCUGACAACUCGUCUUACAUACAAACAAAUGGAUGAAAUCAGAGAAAGUGUCCAGCGCCCUCGUGUGUGUGCACGCGCGCGCGCGAGGAGUCCGAUAAUUCAAACAAAAAUUUUCUUGUUAGGCUAUCGAUCCAUGACAAUCGUAUUCUUCUCAAAUUAGUUAAAAAAAGAAAAAAGAGAUUUUGUGUGCGUGUGUGUGACAAAGAGAGAGAAAGAGAAAAGAGAAAAAGAACGGACGAACAAAAAGAGAGAAGGAUUGGUAUAAUAAUUUUCUAAAUCUUGUACAAUCACAUAAAAAAUUCGAUGCGCAAAUUUCCAAAGAAAUCACUGCUACAAACACAACAUCUUUGAUAUUAUGGAUCCUCGUCUGUGGUUUCCGUAUUCACACCUGUCUCCCAGGAAUAUUAGUCACCUGACGAUGGAUAGCUAUUCAGCCUGAACUGAAAGGUGCUUCUUCUAUGUAAGUCACUUCUCAACUAACAAGCUGCUUCUUUUGCAGCAAUAAUGACCAGCAAUAAGCAGAAGAAUAAAAAUGAAAACCAAAAAAUUGUCAUUUUGUCCUUCGGUCCUGUCUUUGCCACAAAACUGCCUUGUGAAGCCAAGAAAUAAAAAACUUCCGGUUUACGGAACAAACGCCUUCACUCAAUCCCUCCAAGAAAAAAAGUAUUACUUGUAUUUUGCGAUGAUAUGUUCGACGACCGCGGCAUCGAUACGAGUGCUGUUCCACCCGUCUUUUGACAAGAGAACCGUCCAGACCCACUACCUCUCAGUUCUCACACAAAUGCUGUAUUCGUCCUUUUCUUGUUAUGUCGUCCAUUCUAUGCAAAGCCACUGUCACGUGACAAUGGAAGGUGUCUUACUGGUUGAUGUUGGAGUGCCUUGCUGCAUAUUUAUACACGUGUUCUUGAAAUUCGUGAUUUUUUGGUGUCUGUUGGAAAACAACAGUUGCUGAUGCCUACUUUCAUUUCUACGGAUUUGGUUUCUGUAAAAUAUAUUUUGCUUGCCCAUUGGAUAAGCGAGGGUAAUGUUUGUUAGUCAAGCUCACUAACACUCCGCCUGUCUGUUGUUGUUUGUCCACGGUUUACAGGUUUACAGUGUUGGUAGAGAUUUAAGCGACCCUUGGUCUAACUUUCCACCAGUAAGUAGCUGUUUGCAGUUUUCUAAAUCUUGUGUCGUUUGAUUUUUGUGCAAAAAUGAAGGUAUUUGCUUGUAAAGAUUUCUUUGAAGAGGUUUGGAAGCAGCAAAUGUGGACCGUUCUCACGAAAUUAUAUUGUAAUUAAAUAAAAACAUUGACUG